UAAAAAAAGUAGUACUGGUGGCUUGAAGUCUCACCACUCAAUGUGUAGGCUACAGGGCCUAGCAGUCAGUUUGGCUGGCCUGGACUUUGCUCCGACAAGACGCUCUUCUCUGUUGCAGUCAGACAUUGUUACACACUUCCCUUCAACGAAUGAGCUCCAAGCUUGUUAAAAAUGAAAUCUGUUGAAGACACCAUCACUUCUAAGACUGAGAAAACCUUUCAGUAUGACAAAGACCUCUUGACCUUACCAGUUCCAGAGCUAGAGAAGACAGCAAAGAAAUACUUGGAAUCAGUGAGGAAUCACGUUUCAGAUGAAGAAUAUAAGUCAACAGAAUUCCUUGUACAGCAGUUUGUGUCUGGAGAAGGAAAGUAUCUUCAACAGAAAUUGGUUGAAAAAGCAAAAGUAGAGAGAAACUGGCUGGCAAAAUGGUGGGAAGAUGUUGCUUAUCUGGAAGCAAGGAUUCCUGCCCCUUACAUGAACAUGGCAGGUCCAUCGCCGUAUUCUGAAGACAUAUGGCCAGCCAAGAUGGGCACUCAGGUUCAAAGAGCUGCUCUAGUUCUGCACUAUAUCCUUCAAAUUUGGCAACACAUCAGAAGGCAAACAUAUAAGCCCAUGAAAGAUGGCAAAGGACGGCCACUGGAUAUGUAUCAGUUCCGUAGGGUUUUCAACACUUGCACAAUACCUGGAGCACACAGGGAUGAUCUCAAGGAGUACUUUCAGACUGACGAGGAAGGAUCAUGCCCGGAUCAUGUGAUUGCAAUGUGCAAGGGGCAUCCAUUUGUUGUGCAUACUCUCGACGAAUCAGGAGAAAUUCUGACCGCUCCUGAGCUUCAAACUCAGUUUCAGCGCGUUGUGGAUCGCUGUAAGACACUAGAACCAGCUCAGGGAGUUCAGUACUUAACCUCAGAGGAGAGAACAAGAUGGGCCACAGCACGUAAUGAAUUGAUCGCUUUGAAUCCACACAAUUUUGAGGUUCUGGAGAAGAUUCAAAGUUCCAUAAUGUGCUUCUGGUUUGAAAGUGGUCCUGGAGGUGACCCCACUGGACAGAUGGAUGAAAUCACUGCCCUCACAAACAAAGCAUUGCUUGGUUUUGGUGAAAAUAGAUGGCUGGACAAGUCUUUGUCAAGUGGCAUCUAUGAGGAUGGUCUCUUUGUAUCUAAUGGAGAUCACACACCAGCAGAAGGCAUGCUCAUGGUGUAUGUCACAGACUUUGUGCACAAGAAACUUCAUGAAGUUGGUGCAAGAUGGCAGGGCACUACCCAGCAGAGAUCCCUCCCAGAGCCUGAGCUGCUGAAGUUUGUUCUUGACGAAAACCUGAAGGGCAAGAUUGAAGUUGCAAAAGCAAACUACGCUGCACUGAGGAAAGAAAGCACGGCACUCAUCUGGCAGUAUACGACCUAUGGCAAGAACUACUGUAAGGGGAAAAGAUUCCAUCCGGAUGCUGUUUGCCAGAUGGCUUUUCACUAUGGCUAUUAUUUGUUGUAUGGCAAGAUGGCCCCAGCAUAUGAAACAGCUCCUACCAAACAGUUCUACCGUGGCAGGACUGAGACUUUGAGAUCAUGCACAGAUGCAGUUAAACUCUGGUGUGAGGCCAUGGUGGAUCCCAGCAUCCAGGUCUCACAGAAGCUCAAGCUGUUUGCAAAUGCAGUGGCCAAGCAUAAUUAUGAAAUGGCUGAAGCUUGUGAAGGAAGAGGUAUUGACCGUCACAUGUUGGGCCUGUAUUUGGUUGCAAGAGAGGAAGGCAGAGACAUUCCCAUGAUAUUCAUGGAUCCAUCAUUUGCCAAGAGUGGCGGAGGAGGCAACUAUGUCCUUUCCACAUCUUGCAUUGGUUAUACAUCUGUCCUUGGCGGUGUGCUGCCAAUGUGCAAGGAUGGCUAUGGAGUCUUCUAUCGCAUCAAUGACAACAGGCUCACAUUCUACAUCACAACAUGGAAUGCAGAUGAGGAAACAGAUAACAAAAAGUUUGGACAUUCUUUGACCAAGGCUUUGGAUCAAAUCAAGGCUUUAGUUGAUCAAGGGACAGCAUCCUCAACAGCCAGGUUGUAACUGGAUUCUUUACAGCUCAAGGCAGAGAUGUCGCCUUAUAUCUUAAACUUUUUUUCUCUUUUGCAUAUGUUCUGUAUAAGUACAAGUUUUUUGUUUCAUGGUAUUGUAAGACAUUAAGUAGAUCAGUGUGUUUUUUUAAAGUUUUGGUACUUUUUUAUAUCAAGUGAUAUUCUCUUGUUUGUUUUAAGUAUUGUACCAAUAGAGGGAAGAGAAAGUAGGAGAAGAGGAAUGCACUAGAGGUUUUGACCUUCCUUUUCUAACCAUUUUUACAGAACAUUUGUAUGCUUUUUGUUGUGGAGGUUAAUAUGACGAAAUAUGUAUCAACUGCGUCUCCUAUUUUCAGUGCUCCCCCUCCAGACUGGAGUCUAUCCCUGUUUGAGCAGAACAUUUGUUAUUUGAACUUUUGUUAAUUGUUGACUUGGCAAAUGUCAAAUACUUUCCAUUAAAAGAAAAUGUCGUUUUCCUUUGGGAAAUAAAGUGCUUAUAUACGGUAGAUGUUUUCAUUUGAAACUGAAAACGUAUAAGGCUAUUAAUGUUUGUUUGCAUGAACACAUUGGCUAACCUGUAUAUAUAGUAGUGUUGGCUGUAGCACAAAUAUGAAAUAAUGUUAAUAUGAACUGAGCAGUGUGGAACAAGAAGAAUGACAUAAAUAUAUAUGAUUAUUGUCUGGUAAUGCUGUGACCAUUAUGACUCGAGUUUCUGUGAUUUGCAAUUUAUCUUGUCUAUCGGCCAUGGGAGGACAACAUGUUCAAGAACAGCAUGAUCUCAACUGCAGAUGUGUGCAACUAUUAAUGUAGACUUUCGCUCAAACUUGUAGCUAUUGGUCCUCAUCAGGUUGGGUGUAGGUGCAAAGAUAAAUUAGAAUGGAAAUUUAAUUUUAUUGGUAAGUGGUUUUUAGUCGUGAACUAUUUUCGCUAUGAAUACUCCCGUGAUUUAUACUUUUGUCAAGAACAAAAUAGGAUAUGUAAUAAUGAUAUAUUUGCAUAAGUGUGCUGUAUGUUGUGAAAACCGAUUGAUAGAAUCAAUUUUUUAAAUAUUUUACUUUUCAUGUAAACAUUCCAAGGAAAUAAGGGUUUAUUGUACAAAAGGAGAAUGUUCAAGAAAUUUCAAAAGUUUGUAUUUGUAAGAUUUUUGGCUGUCUGACAAAUGAGCUCCGUUUUUUUACCUGAUUUUCUUGAUCAAGCGAACUGAGGGACCAGUUAUAAACUAUUAUUUGUCUAAAUAUCUUUAUCCUUUAUGUCGUACCUACCCUUUAUUAGAAAUCAUGAUGGAAAAGGGAAGUAUCUUCAUGUUGUCUGUUGUAAUUUUUUUUUUUUAAUUGUUUUAUUUUGUUUGGUUUGGGGGAUGUAUGGAAAACUAAACACAAAAAUCAAAGGAGGAUAUUUAAUCAUUCGUGAAAUUUAGCAUUUUGUUGUACAUAUCUGACAAUAUAACUGAUUUUAUGGAUAGAAAUUUGAUUUAAAGUAUCCUGGCUUACUAUAUUAUAGUGUUCUCAGAGAUUCUUUGUUAGCUGGAUGGUUAGUGAAAUAUCACCUCAGAAUGUCCAAAUACCUGGUGAAGUGAGCAGAGGUUGUUUUGGGAGAAAGUUUGAUGUAAGUGCAACUGACGGGCCCUAAAACAGUUCUAGAAUAGAGUUCGAGGACCUACUUUUGUAUCUCUGAGAAAGAGAGACACUGAUGUCAGAUAUUAGAUUUUCUCAUGUAGGUGCAUUGUCUUGUGAUUAUUAAAGCAAAGGUCUUAUUUUUAGCUCACCAAUACAAAGAUGGAACUUUUGUAUUGCAAAAUUUUGUUUCUUUAUUUUUGUACUGGGUAAUUUCUAUUGUUAUGGAUUUUGCCUAAGUGUUAUAAAUCAUCUUUUCACACGUUAUACGCAUAAUUUGGUGCUGCAUUUAAAAAAAAUAAAUUCAGAAAGGCUUUAUUAAUGAUCUGCUUUGGACCCUGCAUUUACUGCAUUUAUUACUUCUUACUUUGAUUUUACAGUAAUUUUUUAAAGGGUAAACUUGAGCGCUUAAAAGAGUAGAGAUUGAUGAUGCAUGGAGACGAAUGGCAACCCUUAGAUAGGGUUAGAAAGCGGUUCAUAUCCUGUCAGUUAUGAUGCUUCAAAGAACAAGAAAAAUUCACAUCUUAGCUGUUGCAUGCUACAAUUUUUUUGUUUUUUGAUUAAAAACUUGCUGGCAGUAGUGGUAGGUCAUUUUCUCAUCUAUUCCCAUCUAUUCCCAUCUAUCUGGGACUCUCUCCCACAACUUUUGAAGGAUAAAAACAAAGGCGGAGGCAAAAUUCAAGAUUCAUGAACAUGUUUCAAGAAAUGUCUUCUUGAUAGUAAGUCCUUCUUCAACCUUCUUCAUAGUACUCUAAUGUUCUUCAUGCGGAGUGCAUAAUCAUCAUCAAUUGUGCUGUGAUAGUAUGAAUGUCUGUUUAUAUUGUGGCGUUAAUCUAAAGAGCAUAUAACAUUCAUGGAUGUGUAUUUUGUAUUGAGAAAAAGGUAUUGUUAAAAUGCGUAGAGCUAUAUUGUAUUGGAGCGGGGGCUAUAAAAAUUGUCUAGAUUAUAAAAUAAAUUACAAACAUUAUUAUUAUCAUUAUUAUGACCCGACAAUGCUGUGAUGAAAUAGUUCAGUUGUUGCCCCACUUUUGCGGCCGUGCUCAUCACAUUUUUCGGGAACAGGAAAGAUACAGACCACUUGAUCAUAUUGAUUAUAGUACGGAUAUACCCCAAUUUCCUUCCAAAUCAAGCUCUGCUUUGUGGUAUUGGUAUGUAUGGAGACGAAGGUUUUGCACUUUGUGCUCUGUGUAGGGGGGAAAGUGUUAAAAGUGGUGGUUUACAAAUAUCAAAUAAACCUUGCAAAAUAUAAGAUUGUUCAACACUGAAAUAAGAGAAUGGCAAGAAAACGUUGGUUUUCUUUGACAAGUGCAGUGUCUCACAGGCUGAAGUAGACUAGAUGUGUCUUUAUGAAUUGCAACUUUUGUCACAGCAGUAGCUCUGUGGCUGGUAUUAAUGCUCUUCUUAGGCUUACGCAUUAAGGGGAGGAGCGACCCUUGAUUUUUCAGAUUUUGGGUCAGGCUAUGCAAAUUUUAUGUUGGCUGAUUUUUGAAGAUCAACCAGUUUUUUUGGGUCUAAAAUUAGCAUGGAGACAAAUGAGAAAGUUUUUAUUCUCCUCGUAAAUUGCCUUUGAAAACAUGAGGAUGGGUUAAUAUAGUGAAUUUUCACAAUAAUUGUCGUCUUUCACAAAAUUUAAUUUUGACAUGAAACUUUCAGGAAACAGCUGGGAAGACUGCCAUCAAUGUAACAGAGAGAUAUUUGUGGAAACAAUAACUCUUUUCCUUUGGCAAGCGAUUACGCAACCUAAAUUUAGAAAAAAAUGUUUUUUAUACUUUGGGAAAAUUCUCAUAUUUUUUUCUCUUUUGCACGUAUUGCAAAAAACUUGCUGUUACUCUGAUAGGUAUACUCUCACCAAAUUUGGUCAAGUUGGGUCGGUAAAUAGACUAGCCUUAGGGAUUUGAAAUUCAUUGUUUAUUUUGAAGAUGGCGGCCGUUUCCAUAGCAACAUCUGUAGCUAUGCCAAAAUAAAAUUGCGUAUCAAGAGAUUUUACUAUGCCUAACUUAAAUGUGUACUUAGAUUUGAUCGUGGGCAACAAACAUAGAGAAUGGUCCUCAAGGCAAGGGUAGCUCCUCCCGUUACAGUCUAUGUUAAAGCGCAAGAACAGUGUGUAAUGGUUGAGCUCAUUGUGAAAUAAUAGAUUUGUUGUUACUUUGUGUACUUAUGUAUUUAUUUUAAAGAUUUUGGAUUCUUGCUCGUAAUCAAAAGUAGGUCUUUGUUAUGAAUAUUCUGCAACUUUAAUUUUGUUAUGCUUUUAUCACCUUUUUAUUUUUUAACACAUUUCACAUCUGUGUCUGUGGUGCAAGAUUAAUAGUUUCUGUCUUUCUGCUGGGAUGCACGAUUCUGCUCAGCCUGAGUUGGCUAUGACACAAAGGGUUGAACAAGUCUGCCUCCUUUUGAUCGAUAAGACAUGUAGAUUUUUCAGACUAAGAUGGGAAAACAGUUGUGUAUAUAUUAUAAAUAAUUUAAUUUAUAUUCAGUCCAUCAGGGCUCAUGACAUUUGGAGUAAAUGAUGACAGGCUCUCAUCUUAUUUUAAUUUUUAAAAAUCUUAUUAUAAAUUCACAUUGUGUAUGGUGUUCUUCAUCGUUGUUGUGCAUGAUUAUACAAGAUUUUGGUGUUUCUGUUACCAUGCUCUUUUUGUUGUUGACUUUCUUUUAAAAAAAAUUAAACUCUACUCCUGGAAAUUGCA